CCGGCUCCCACCCUGUCCCUGUUUCCUGGCAGAUCCACUCGGACUCGGAUGAGGGGGACGGCUCCAUCAAGUACACCAUCUCCGGGGAGGGCGCGGGGACUAUCUUCCUCAUCGAUGAGAUCACGGGUGACAUCCACGCCACCGAGCGCCUGGACCGGGAGCAGAAAACCUUCUACACGCUGCGGGCUCAGGCCCGCGACCGGGAGACGGACCAGCUGCUGGAGCCCGAGUCGGAGUUCAUCAUCAAGGUGCAGGACAUCAACGACAGCGAGCCGCGCUUCCUGGAGGGGCCCUACAUCGGCAGCGUGGCCGAGCUGUCCCCUGUCGGCACCUCCGUGAUGCAGGUGAUGGCAUCCGACGCCGAUGACCCCACGUACGGGAGCAGUGCCCGGGUGGUGUACAGCAUGCUGGAAGGCGAGCAGCACUUCACUGUGGACAGCAAGACAGGGGUGAUCCGCACUGCCGUGGCCGACCUGGACCGUGAGACGCAGGACCGGUACGAGGUGGUGAUCCGAGCCACCGACAUGGCGGGGCAGCUGGGCGGCCUGUCCGGAUCCACCACGGUCACCAUCGUCGUCACCGACGUCAACGACAACCCUCCGCGCUUCCCCCAGAAGAUGUACCAGUUCAGCAUCGUGGAGACGGCCCCGGUGGGCACUGCCAUCGGCAGGGUGAAGGCCGAGGACUCCGACGUCGGGGAGAACACGGACAUGACGUACCAGGUGAAGGACGAGGAGGGGGUGGAGAUGUUCAAAGUCACCACAGACAGCAACACCCAAGAGGCCGUCAUCACGGUGCAGAAGCCUCUCGACUAUGAGUCCAAGAAGGUGCACACGGUGGUGGUGGAGGCCCUCAACAAGUUCGUGGACCCGCGGUUCGUGGACCUGGGCACCUUCCGGGACCAGACCAUUGUGCGGGUCUCAGUGCUGGACGUGGACGAGCCCCCCGAGUUCCGGCCGCCCUCCAACCUGCUGGAGGUCCAGGAGGACGUGCAUGUGGGGUCCGUGGUGGGGGUGGUCACCGCCCUGGACCCGGACACCGCCAACCACCCUGUCCGGUAA